CUUAAUAUAGCUGGACUCCUUCGUCAACUGCCUCGCUGCUCAAAUUUCUCAAUUCAGUCAGAGAUCCGUUUACACUACCUUUCUCGAAGCAAUAUACUUUUCCUUCUCCGACUAUAAUGACCACUAUUUCGCACCACAUGAUGGAGGACUCCCAGAAGAGGCCGAAGGGUAUCCUCAAGAAUUCUAGUGGCUCGAUUCCGCAGAUCGCACAAGUUCAUGACACCUUGACCGUUCCGCAGAACGACCCCGACGGGGUGGAUACUAAGGAGCUGACGCUGCAAAACACUCUACAAAAUGCCGGUCGCCGUCGCUCUACCUCGAACACGCGCCCGGGAUCAUCGUCUCGGCGACAAUCAUUGGCGCACAUCCACGGUCAACCGGAAGAAAACUCGCCGCGCUUGAAAUGGGACGAGGCCAACUUGUACCUGACCGAACAGGAGAAGACGGCCAAGAUGAAGAUCGACGAGCCCAAAACUCCGUUUGCACCCCACUACGACCCUGCUGAGGACGAGGAGGAGCUCGAGGCCGAGAACACCUUGAUUGAUGCGCAAGGAGUGGUGGUAGAUGAAUUGGACAAGACCAUGAAAGCACCCAAGAAGGGAGUGGCCGAGGAUGAAAUCCCUGAGUUGGAGUUGGGCGAGCCGGAAGACUCAUUUCCUGGGGAUGCGCACGCUGGGGCUGAUGACCGAAUUGUGCGCGAGCGGAGCCUGAGCAACGAGUCGCAUCAAAGCAACAAGCAUGUGGUGAUGGGUGCGGGCGAGGCGAACGGGGAAUAUCAGUCUGGGCCCGAUGGGCUAAUCACGUCGCAAGAGGCCGCAGAGAAACAUCGUCAGUUUGAGCAGCACCGGAAGAAGCACUAUGAGAUGCGCAACAUCAAAGAACUCCUGGCGUAGGUUCCCUUUUUUUUUUUUUUCACACACCUCCUUCCAGAUUGGGUGAGUAACUGACGAUUUUUUUUGCAGCCAUCCCGAGGUGGAUGAGAUGGAUGAGGACGAGGACGAAACGGAGGAGGGAUCUUCCGCGGCGCCACCGCCCAUGCCCCCGAUUCCAACGCAGUUUCUUAAC